AUGAUCAGGCUUUACGGUGUCGUGUUCGUUGCCUAUCUAUGCUCGGCGACGAACGGCUUCGAUUCGAACACCUUCGGAGGCGCGUCUGCCAUGGCGAGUUUCCAGAACUAUUUCGAUGUCGAUGGCGGUUCGAAGCAGGGCCUACUUGCAGCGGCAUAUGUCAUUGGCAACAUGGUAGGCUCUCUUGGAGCGGGCCAAGUCUCGGACAAGUGGGGGCGAAGGGUCGGCAUGGGCGUAGGCUCAUUUAUUUGUUUGGUCGGAGCCGUAGUCCAGGCUGCAUCGCAAAACAUCAACUAUCUCAUUGCCGGGCGACUUGUUCUUGGGCUAGGAGCUGUCAUCGCACAGACAGCAGGGCCCGCAUAUGUCGUGGAGAUGUCACAUCCCGCGUAUCGAGGGAUCAUGACUGGAGCUUAUCAGGCCAAUUUCUUCCUCGGGACGAUCAUAUCAACCUGGAUCGAGUUCGGUCUUUCGUAUCUCCCAGGGAACCCGGAUAUUCAAUGGAGGUUGCCGUUCGGCCUUCAGGCGUUGCCAUCAGUCCUCGUUCUGACGUUUAUCUGGUUCAUCCCUGAGACACCUCGUUGGUACAUAGGCCACGGCCAAGAUGAGAAGGCGCGAAAGGUCCUGGCCAGAUAUCACAGUCAGGGAAACGAGAACAGCGGCAUUGUGCGCCUGCAAAUGCAGGAGAUGAAGGAAGUCAUCGAAGUCGAAAACGGAACGGACAAGAGAUGGUGGGAUAUCCGCGGCCUUCUGCGGACUAAGUCAGAUCGUCACCGGUUCUUCCUUGUCCUUUGCAUCGCCUUCUUCGGUCAGUGGGACCUACCGCCGACAAGCUAUUAUUUCCCUCUAAUGGUCGAGAAGGCCGGCGUGACGAAUGAACAUAUGGUUCUCAUGCUCAACGCCCUUCAGUGGUCCCAGUUGACGUCCUAUGUACUCAAGACACCCAUCAUGAUGAUUGCCGCCCUCAGUGGCUUGCAGUUCAUUGAGAAGUGGGGCAGACGCCCACGCUCAUGCUCAGUUCAACAGGGAUGGCGAUGUGUGUCGUUGUCAUCACGGUCAAUCUCUUCUACUUCGCCCGCCCAUCGAGAUGUAUGCACCGCAUUGACGCCGACUCGUCCGCAAGCCGGAGCUGUAGGGAUCGCUUUCUUAUACAUUUUCCUGGUCGUAUUUGCAUUCGUGUGGACACCCAUGCAGUCGUUAUACCCUGUUGAGGUACUGUCUUACAACAACCGGUGCGACACGGGCUUGGCGGUCCUGAACCUUUUCGUCAACGCCUGUGGAUUGUUCAACACAUAUCUGCCUCCAGUUGCUAUCGGCAACGUAGGCUGGCGGUUCUAUUUGUUUUAUGCGUCCUGGGACGCCCUGGGCAUAAUUGUCAUCUACCUGACGUUCGUCGAACGAAAGGACGGUAACAACCUGGAGGAGAUCGACAUGAUCUUCCAGUCACCGCACCCUUGGAAUGUUUGCACCAUUCCGAGGUUGGUUUGUGCGGGACAUUUCCCGAGACAGUAA